AUGCCUUCCUUCACCCUCUUCCCAAAGCUCCCAAAGGAGCUCCGCGAGCAAAUCUGGCUGAAAAGCCUCCCCACCACCAGCACCGUCGAGUUCAACGAAGCAGAAUUCGACGUCACUUCCAUCUCUCCUCCACUCCCCCAUCUCCUCACCUCAAAGGAAAUGCAGGCCACAGCGCUCUCCUCUCUCUCUCCAACCCCUUACCCCAUAUGGGGUCCGUCAGACUGGGAAACCCUCCUGCUCGACGGCGAAAAGAUGACUUCACAAGUCAUCAUUCACGCAUCAAAAUCCGCUUCAUUAACUAUCACAUGGACGGACGUUUGGAGCGUGCUGGGAGAUGCGCUGCUGGCGGCGCGGUCGCUUCAUUUUGUGUGUCGGGAGCCGGAGCGGUUGGCUCGGCUGUUUAUGCUAGAGGAGAAGGAGUGGCUUGGUGUGGGCCAGGCGUGUAAUGAAAGGGGGUUGUUUAUGAAUGAAGAGAGUGUCGCCGGGGAGAGGGCGACGAGAGAGGCGUUGUGGAAGGGGGUGACAGUCACUGCUAGUAAGCAUACUGUGGAGGAGGUUGAAGCGGGGUUGGGAAGAGGUGAGGUACAUGUGUGGAAGUUGGGAGAGGAGAGGUUUUCGAGGGGGUUUGGGGAGAAGAGUGAGGUGGUGACGACGAGGGGGUUUGAGAGGGUGGAGGUGGAGGGGGCCGAAGGGGCCUCGGUGGCGCAGCUUCAUCAUGCCGCGAAGGCUUUUGAGCCACGCGGUGGAAUGGAGUUGGAGGAGGGAGAGGAGGAGGAGGCGAUGCCGAGGUCAGUAGAACUGACUGAGGACGCAAUCGCGAGGCACUUGGAGGAGUGCGAGAGGAUUUGGCCCCCAGAGCCAAAGGAUCCUGGGAUGGAGGAAGGGAGCAUAUCAUAUCCCGAUAAUGCUGCCGUUGAGAAGUGGCUUGGAUAG